AUGGCAAUCAUACCUUGUGGAAGCACAUGGGUUACUCGGUGGGGAGUUCAGCCUCAGUCUGUGCCAAAAUUUCCUGUUACAAAUAAAUUAUCAGCAUCUCCAUUUUGUUUCUCAAGCAAGAUAAGGGCAUUGGCAUCCCCAAAUUCAACCCUUUUUUGUCAAGAAUCCCUGCAAGCACUUUUCAGUUCAGUAUCAAACAAGAACCACUAUCAACGAAGGGGGACCAGUAUAGUUGUUAGAGCUGAAAAAGAUUAUUAUGAUGUCCUUGGUGUAUCUAGAAAUGCUAGCAAAUCAGAAAUCAAAAGUUCUUAUCGAAAGCUUGCAAGGAGUUACCAUCCAGAUGUGAACAAAGAACCUGGAGCUGAACAGAAAUUUAAGGAGAUCAGCAAUGCGUAUGAGGUUUUGUCCGAUGAUGAGAAACGUUCCAUAUAUGAUAAAUAUGGGGAGGCUGGUCUUAAAGGAGCUGGCGCGGGCAUGGGGGAUUUUAGCAACGCCUUUGAUUUAUUCGAGUCUUUGUUCGACGGCUUUGGUGGUAUGGGUGGCAUGGGUGGUAUGGGAGGUAGAGGUUCUCGGAGCAGGGCCACAGAAGGUGAAGACCAGGGCUAUAAUCUGGUUUUGAAUUUCAAAGAAGCUGUAUUUGGGGUUGAGAAGGAGAUUGAAAUUAGCAGGCUUGAAACUUGUGGUACCUGUGAUGGAUCAGGUGCAAAACCUGGGACUAAACCGUCGACCUGUAAUACUUGUGGUGGGCAAGGGCAGGUUGUGUCCUCAGCAAGGACCCCACUGGGUGUUUUCCAGCAGGUGACAACAUGCUCUUCUUGUGGGGGGACUGGAGAGAUUUCUACUCCUUGCGGCACCUGCAACGGUGAUGGCCGAGUGAGGAAGUCAAAACGCAUUAGCUUGAAAGUUCCACCUGGUGUAGAUUCAGGUAGCCGUUUAAGGGUUCGUUCAGAAGGUAAUGCAGGAAGGAGAGGUGGACCCCCCGGAGAUCUUUUUGUCAUGAUUGAAGUCCUCCCGGAUCCAGUAUUAAAACGGGAUGACACCAAUAUUCUCUACAAUUGCAAAGUUUCUUACAUUGAUGCGAUAUUGGGUACAACUAUGAAGGUUCCUACAGUAGAUGGGAUGGUUGAUCUAAAGAUUCCGGCAGGUACCCAGCCAGGGACAACAUUGGUGAUGGCCAAAAAAGGGGUGCCAUUCCUGAGCAAACCAAAUAUGAGAGGUGAUCAAUUGGUGAGAGUGCAAGUUGAGAUUCCAAAGCGGUUGAGCAGUGAAGAAAGAAAGCUCAUAGAAGAACUUGCAAAUCUAAACAAGCCUAAAGCUGCUACCAACAGUAAGAGAUAGCUUGUAGCUGAAGCAACCAGGUUGUUUUUUCUUUCUAAUACUUCCAAUGAUCAAUAUUCUGGUAUGCUCUACCUACUGGCACACCGAUAUUAAUGUUGAUUCCUCGAACUCUACAUAGUAUAGUCGUAGACAUAGACAAUUUUGAGGUUUGAUUUUGUGUUAUGUACUGUACCUACACCCAGUGAAAUGCUGGAAAAGAUCAAGAGGGCUGAGCUAAGAUUGUUGAUGUCUCAAUAUUU